UCUGCUCCGCUGACAGCACACACGCCCACGCUCCCUCACGCACACACACACAGUCGCACACAUGGUUUCGCGUCCUUCUCCACACACGAUUCAACGCGCUUCGUGGAUUCUCUGGCAUGCAGCUUCGGACCAUCUCCGCACCUGAAGCCGGGCGUUCGGCGACAAAGGAGGGCAGACCGCCGACUCGCGCACUUCGGGCUCCUUCCUUCUUAAGCAGCACUCCCUCGGAACGCGAUGGCGGUCGGGAGGAGCUCACGGUGUUUUCUUUAACCCGAAUCUUUUAAAAUCAUCAGGAUUUUCCAGAGCCCCCCUGAAGCUGCGGUUACUAUUUUUGCGCUGGUUGCCCGGAGGCGUUGUGAGCAGCAUCGUCCGUUCCCCUGGAGACCGUCCCCAGGAUGCGCGGAGCGGAGCGGAACUGUACAUUGUCGUCUAGCGGACCGUGGGCAAACUUUGCCAUCCUGGUGGAUCGUAGACGCACAGGGGGUCCGCGGCAGUGCGCCCUGUAGGGCAGAUCCCCCACAGAGGCCGAUGUUUUCAUGGUCCAGUCUGAGUUACUUUCUGGAGGUGGGCGAGAGUUGCUCGAACGGUGCUCUCCACUAAGAUUCGUCCGGAGAGCGCGCUCACUCCCGUUUCUAUCCCAGCUGGUACCAAGCCAAAGGAAAAUCAGUCUGUGGGAGGUUUUCUGCAGCCCAUUCCAUUCAUGCUGAGUCUGAUAGCGGCUGAAGCUCCAUUGUGACACUCUAAGGAGAGCAACGUGGAACGUGUCUCCAAUGGAUCUGGCUGCAGUCCAGCCAUCUAUAAAUUAAAGGUCCCUCCUACAGAACGAACUUGACAUGCUCGCGCUCGAAUGUAGAGUGGCAGACGCCCGCUGCGGGAGGCGCAGGCUGAGAGUGGCGCCCAUGCAUCUUCCCUGCUCCUUCUGGUUCCUCCUGCUGUUUGCAGCUGGCGGCCUUAUGCUUUUUGUUCACCUGCAGGACCUCUCUGAGAUGGUACAGCAGCAGGCUCCAGGUAUGAAAUUCAAAGGGAAUUCCAGACCAGCACUGAGAAAGGACCUGUGCACAGAGCACAAGGAGGGUGUGCAUAGUGAUCCAGGGCUGGUUCAAAGGUCAUCCAGCCUCAUCCAUCCUGUGCAGUUGCCAGCAACUGAGCUAACCAGGCUAUCUGGCAAAGCAGCCCCACAUGUGGGAGACCUGGACCCGCCCCGUGUCACCAAGCGGCACCGGAAGUUGCUCCUGAAGAACACGGGACAUGCAGCACGAGGGGACACCACACGUAGUAGCUGGGACCGCCUGCUCUGUAUCCAGGAGGCCCGCAAGCUCCUAGUCAAGGAAGUAUGUGCCCGGUACCGGAGUCGUGGCCCCCACAUAGUCAUGCCCAAACAUGUAUCACGCAUUUUUGUGGAGGAUAAGCACAAGCUACUAUACUGCGAAGUGCCCAAGGCUGGCUGCUCCAACUGGAAGAGGGUCCUGAUGGUGCUCGAGGGUCUGGCCUCUUCCACACAAGAGAUCCAGCAUGAUGCUGUGCACUAUGGCAACCACCUCCGCCGACUGGACAGCUUCGACCGGCAGGGCAUCACCCAUCGCCUGGAGACCUACACCAAAGUGCUCUUUGUACGGGAGCCGCUGGAGAGGCUGGUGUCUGCCUUCAGGGACAAGUUCGAGAACCCCAACACCUACUACCACCCAGUAUUUGGAAGGCCCAUCAUCUCACGGUACAGGGUCAACGCCUCUCAGGCCGCUCUGAGGACGGGCGCUGGAGUGACCUUUAAGGAGUUUGUGCAGUACCUGUUGGACGUACAUCGCCCCGUGGGCAUGGAUAUCCACUGGGAGCCAGUGGGGCACCUGUGCAGUCCCUGUCUAUUGGACUUUGAUUUCAUUGGCAAGUUUGAGACAAUGCAGGAAGAUGCCAACUUCCUGCUACACAGGACCGGUGCGCCACACAACCUCACCUUCCCCAGCUUCAAGGACAGGAACCCGCAGGCAGAGCGCACCUCCACGCACAUCACGCAGCAGUACUUUGCACAGCUAGAUGCAUCUGAGCGCCAGAGAGUCUAUGACUUCUACUACAUGGACUAUCUGAUGUUCAAUUACUCCAAGCCGUUCAAAGACUUGCACUGAAAUAAAAUGAGCAACCUUUCCUCUGUCAGAAAGACCAACUUUAUGUGUCCCUUGAAAUACAUGUUCUUAAGAAGAAUACAGUAUCGGUCUGUCGUCACUGGGGUGUGUUAAGUACCGUAUAUACAAAUACACAGACUUUGAGCACAAAGAUGCUGCUUCCUCUGCAAAUAUUCACAGCUACAAACAUUAAAAAGGCCUAAACAUGCCUAAACAUGAAGCCCAUCAAUGUUACCCUAUAACCAACAGAUUCAUACGGUACAGGCCCUGAAAGAACUGUAUGACAUCCCACACACACAGUGAGCAGGCUGGACUCUGUGUGCCUAGCUCAUCCUGGUAGGACCACAAAUUCCAUAUUUUCAAUUAAAAAAGAUCAGAGUUACAACAUUAAGAGGAAUAUUUAUUUUUCUAUAUAUAUUUGUACAAUGGGUAUACUCAAAGUGUGUGUGUGAGCGUGUGUGGGCAAGCGUGUGUGCGUGCAGGGUUUUCAUUAGUCAAUGGGGAAUGUUCAUCAACUGUAGCCAUGCAUGUCACCACACAUCUACCUACAGAGAGUGAGCACCGGCUCUUGGAGGUCCUAGUCAGCUGUGUCUUUGUGCGAUCAUAUCCCACACUGACACUAAGGGAUAAAGUGGAUCCUUCAGUCAGGGAUCAAACAAGUGAAACCUGUUAGUGGACAUUCCAACCAGGUGGAUAUCAUAUAAGGAAAAGAAAAGAAAAGGAGAGGAAGGUACCAUUUACUGACCACUACCAUCAUUAACUGUGAGCCCAUUUACAAACACUGCAACACUUACAUUAGAUCUGAGUUCUCCCAAAAACAAGAAAUCCAAGCAAUAUUCCCAGAUAUUAUAUUUGUUUGUUUCAUUACCCCAAGUGUUCAUUACCCAUCAGUUGACGUGAUGAGUACCUUUGACUGCUAAAAAAGCAAGAACACAUAUCAUAGGCUGUUGCUAUACUAUAUUGCCCUUGCAGGUCCUUAUGUGCACCUUGUUCUGAUGGCUUCAGUGUUGCGGUGGUUGCUCUGAGUGGUAUAGCAUAGAGUUUGCGUGAAUGUACUAAAGCAGAAGUACAAGCAAGUCAUUCACCAACUACCCCUUCAUCCCAUGUGUUGGGUAAUAUAUGGGUGUAUGAUAUCUUCAAGUGUGUACACUAUAACAAGUGAAUGUAUUACUGUUUUUCUCUCAAAGCAAGUGUGCAAAACAAUGAUUUUAAGCCCUUUGCCUUACUCUACACUGCCAGUGAACAGGUAUGUAUCAGGAAUACAUUUGUCAGGGGAUUUUUUGUCUGUGAUGAGUGUCUGUGAAUAAAUGUUUCU